UCUCUGUUUAACUGGAUACUCUGUUUGUCUUUGGCAGGAGAGAGACCAGACUCUCACUCUGACAGCGGGAAGAGUCCUACAGGGGAACCAGACCCAGAGACGCCCAAACCAGCGAGACAACACCACUGCUUCCAAUGUGAAAAGAGAUUUUCCCGAUCAGGGGACCUCAAAGCUCAUGAGAGGACACACACAGGAGAAAAGCCUUUCCAAUGUUCCCAGUGUGGAAAGAGUUUUACCAUGUUAAAUAACCUGAAAAGGCAUGAGAGAAUACACACAGGAGAAAAGCCAUUCCAAUGUUCCCAUUGUGGAAAGAGUUUUACUCAGAUAGGGCACCUAAAAGAGCAUGAGCGAAAACACACAAGAGAAAAGCCUUACCACUGCUCCCAGUGUAAAAAGAGAUUUUCCCGAUCAGGGGACCUAAAAGCUCAUGAGAGGACACACACAGGAGAAGAGCCUUUCCAAUGUUCCCAGUGUGGAAAGAUUUUUACCCUGUUAGCUAACCUGAAAAGGCAUGAGAGAAUACACACAGGAGAAAAACCUUACCACUGCUUCCAAUGUGAAAAGCGAUUUUCCCGAUCAGGUGACCUAAAAGCUCAUGAGUGGACACACACAGGAGAAGAGCCUUUCCAAUGCUCCCAGUGUAAAAAGCGUUUUACCGUGUUAGCUAACCUGAAAAGGCAUGAGAGAAUACACACAGGAGAAAAGCCUUAUCAAUGUUCCCAAUGUGGAAUGAGUUUUAUUCAGUUAGGGAGCCUGAAGGAGCAUGAGUGGACACACACAGGAGAAAAGCCUUUCCAAUGUUCCCAGUGUGGAAAGAGUUUUAUCGUGUUAACUAACCUGAAAAGGCAUGAGCGAAUACACACAGGAGAAAAGCCAUUCCAAUGUUCCCAUUGUGGAAACGGUUUUACUCAGAGAGGGCACCUAAAAGAGCAUGAGAGAAUACACACAGGAGAAAAGCCUUACCACUGCUCCCAGUGUAAAAAGAGAUUUUCCCGAGUAGGGGACCUAAAAGCUCAUGAGAGGACACACACAGGAGAAAAGCCUUUCCAAUGUUCCCAGUGUGGAAAGAGUUUUACCGUGUUAGCUACCCUGAAAAGGCAUGAGAGAAUACACACAGGAGAAAAGCCAUUCCAAUGUUUCCAGUGUGGAAAGAGUUUUACCUGGUUAAGGAGCCUGAAGGAGCAUAAGAGAACACACACGAAAAAAGCCCCACCACUGCUCUCUCUCUGUGUGGAAGGACAAUUUCCCAGUCAGAGAACCUGAAAUCACAUGAGAGAAUAGAGAGGCUGUGUUCUGACUUAUGUUUUUAAUUGACAAUUUGUGUUUUUGUUUAUGCCACAUGAAAUCAUUUUGUUUAUAUGAAUUUUUAUUCAAAAAUAGGCAUAUUUUAGUUUUUUCACCUCGAGGCCUGAUCAUAUUUAAAAUCAGAUUAAAUACUAUAAAAUGUGUGUUUUGUUUUGGUUAUGAACUUUAAUGCAUUGGUUACAGUUAUAAACCCUCAGUUGUUCAUUAUAUUAUUUGGAUAUUGCUAAAUGUAAAUUAUUAUAUAGAUGAAUGGAACUUUGCAUUUCUUGAUUCUAACCUUGAAACCUAUAGACUUUGAUUUGAUAUAUAAGAUUAGGCUUUUGCUAAAUGAAUUUGAUUGAAAUUGAUUGGAUAUAUGAUUUGGAUAUUGCAAAAUGAAUUUGAUUACAUGAUUUGGAUAUUGCAAAAUGUAAAUGAUGAACUAGAUUCAUAGCAUGUGCAUUUCUUGAUUCUAACAUUGAAACCUUUUGAAUUGACUUGUUGUGUUUCAUUGAGUUAAUUUGUGUUUAUAGUCAUCAAGCUAAAGGUGUAUGAAAAUGUGUUGUUCUGAUAACAUUGAUAAGUUGUUGACAUGAAAAACAUUCACUACCUCAUGACUGUUCCCAUCAGUAUUAUUCCACCAUGUCAGAGAGAACUGGUGCUGAUUGUAAAAAGGAUUUUAUUAAUGCAGCGUAAUUUUAUCUGAAUAGAAAUAAAAUCACAUGAGAGAAUA